CAUAUUGGCACAUUCAGUAUCUGCAGUGCACAUUCACUACAUAAAUAGCAUUUCCCACACUAAGCUCCUCCUCUGUUGCUGCACACACAUUGCACUGCUGCUGGCUUCCCCCUAAAUGACCACAUUAUGAUUGGACAGCACUACUCUUGUACUGUGCCCUGGGGCUGGGACACAUUGCCCUCCCCCUCCUGUUGACCUGCCUGGACUUGCUGACUGCCGAGGAUGAUUGUGAUCUCACUGAAUAACCACACACUAACUCUCUAUUUCAGGACACUGGUGCUGAAUGAGUCGGACUGAGUUCCAGAUGAAUGGCUCCCCAGGAAAGUGCCUAGUGACCUUGUUUAGAGCCGUCCAACCACAUACAUGACGUGAGACAAUCACCUGUGUACUCUUGCUGAUUAUGCACCUACCUCUGAUUGGGACCUGGCUAGUGACUUUGUCACACAGUAAAGCGUUACUGUUAUAGUGAUUGUGUGUACAGCAUCACUAGCUCUUCUGCUAUGGCCUUCUUGCCCAACUUUUUACGUAGGGGCAAUAUGUUAUCUCCUAGACUUCAGAACUGUAGGUGCCAAUCGUCCACUUCAAAUACCCGACGUCUAAGGGUCCUGGUGGACAUGGAUGGGGUGCUGGCAGACUUUGAGGGGGGCUUUCUGAAGAAGUACAGAACUCGCUAUCCCAAUGAACCUUUCAUUAGACUAAAGGACCGCCAAGGAUUUUGGGUCUCUGAGCAGUAUGGAAACCUAAAGCCUGGGUUAUGCGAAAAAGCCAUUAGUAUUUGGGAAUCAAAGAAUUUCUUUUUAGAGCUGGAACCUCUUCCUGGAGCGGUGGAGGCAGUGAAAGAAAUGGCCACUUUGGAAAACACUGACGUCUUUAUAUGUACCAGUCCCAUCAAACGUUACCAGCACUGUCCUUAUGAAAAGUACGCGUGGGUGGCAAAGUACCUCGGGCUCCAGUUCCUGGAGCAGAUUGUUCUGACCAGAGACAAAACCGUGGUGUCUGCAGACCUUCUUAUUGAUGACCGACCUGAUAUUAUUGGUGCUGAGCCGAAUCCCACCUGGGAGCAUAUCCUCUUCACUGCCUGUCACAACAAACACCUCCAGCUCGCUCCCCCCAAUAGAAGACUUCCAUCUUGGAACCAUGACUGGAAAAGCAUCCUGGACAGUAAGAGAGAGCAGGCACCAUAAAAACAAGGGGCCCCGUCUUUCAGAACCAUGAGGUGGCCCAAUCAGAACACUCCAUUCCGCAUAGCCCUAGUAUUCUAGGGAGACAAUCCACCCACUUUUGUCUUGUAUAAACAGGUGCGUUAAGCAUGGAGUUUCCAAGUCUGGACCUUUACCCUGAGUUGAUCCACAACAUAAAUAGUGUCAGCUUGGUUCUUCCAGGUUCUGUAUGGAACAUACACAUUAAUAGCUAAAAUACUGUUAUUAUUAUUAUCCUUAAUUUAUAUUUGUAUUUAUAUAGCACCAACAUGUUCUGCAGUGCUUUACAGCCAUUAUAUACCAUUCCUGCCCCAGUGGAGCUUAUUCACACACACUAAGGUCAGUUUUAUCAGGCACUAUUUAACCUUUCUGUUGGUUUUUGGGGUGCGGGAAGAAACCAGAGUACCCUGAGUAAAGAUGCACAGACAUAGGGGGGAACAUAGAGACUCCUUGCAGAUAGGGCCCUGGCUGAAACCAAAUCUAGAACUGCACCACCAUGUUGUUUUGUAUCAGCCACUUCAAAAACCAUAUUCCUCAUGUCCCAGAACCCUUACAAUAUAUUUAUAUCCCAGAAUGCUUUGUACCAAUGGCCUCUUCCCAAUUACCCCAAUACUAUGUGCAGUUAGUUACCAACCCUAUUGUGAAUGCCCACACUUGGGAUAAUGUUGGUGGCAAGUUUAGAGAGAAUUGAUCCAUCUUUAGUGUAGCGCCUGCAAUUCAAUGUGGGAGAAGCAAUUCUAUUUUGUCGAGAAAGUGCUCCUAGCAAGUGCUUUGCCACCCGCACCAGGAGAGAGCUUGCGGUUUGGGAAUCCAGGUUGAACACAUGCACACACUGAGGAGUGAUCCAGCUCGCUUAUUAUGCCCAUGUGUGUGUGAUUUAGGAUUAGUUGACUACUCUCCUGAUCUUACAUCUAAUGCAUGUGCAUAAUGAGUGAGCUGGGGGACUUUUUAUUAUAUGCAUGCAUGCAACCAAUAUGGCUGCCCACACUGGGAGCUCCCUGCUCAUCAUAGUGCUCACUAUGACAUUUUAUGCCCCAAAUAGUAUGGUUUCCCCCAAACUCUAGUAGUCCACAACUUUGAAGUGGGGGAUACAAUUACUAUGAUAAGUGCCCUUUAAAGGAGAAGUAAACCCUUGCUACUAAAAUCCCCUACCCCACACAGACCCCCCUCCCCCCCAGCCUAGGGGUUACCUUUGCUAAAUGCCCCUAA